AUGUCGCUAACAACACAACCGGACAUUUCAGUCCAAAUCAUUGUUCCAAACGACAUAAGUCCCGGAUCAGCCCCAUUACUCUCAGCUGAGCGACGCAUCACACCCUCAUGGACGAUCUCGCAACUCAAAGACAAACUCGUGCCCGUCACAGGCAUCCCAUCCACAAGCCAAUCACUACGCACCAGUGGCCUCUCCGGCACGUGGAUUGCCAUUUCCGAUGAGUCCUCUCUGGUCGGAGACGCCCGCUACGCACUGCACAAAGGCUCCGAAAUUGAGAUCACCGACACACGGCCGCCCGGCGUGCGCCAGACAUUCAACUUCCAGGAUCUCAGUGCCAUCGAAAAGUACCAGAUGCCAGAGGAGCAAUAUGCGCAGCUCGACGACUCCGUCCUCGCCUGGAAGCGCAAGCAGAAAUUGGGGCGUUUCGAUCCAAACGCCAAGUCGGCCCAGGAGCUGGCCGUCGAGCGAUUGCGGCACGAUCAGGAAAUGGUCACGAGUAGAGGUAUCGAGGCCGGGCAGAGGUGUCGGGUUGGAAAUGACGAUUCGAGAAGGGGCACGGUGAGAUUCACCGGUGAGAUUCCUGGCCUCGGUGGCGCCCGAGAGGCGGGCUGUGUCUGGAUUGGCGUCGAACUUGACGAGCCGGUCGGGAGGAACGACGGUACCGUCAAUGUCGAAACGGAAGAUGGCGGCCAGCAGACCAGGCGCGUCUUUGAAUGUCGGGACAAAUAUGGUGUUUUGGCGCGCCCAGAGAAAAUCCAGGUGGGCGAUUUCCCGCCUUUAGACGAUCUGCUCGACGAGGAUAUGGAGGAGAUUUGA